AUGGGUUUACUUAAGCUGGAAGUGGUAGAUACAACGGGAUUUAGUGGAGGGAUAUGGUGUUUUUGGGACAAAGAGGUAGAUUUUAUAGUGACCCAGAAGUUGUCACAAGUGUUACAUGGCUCGUUCAAUAUAGGCAAAACAAGUGCUUGGGAUCUUUCUAUAGUCUAUGGUCACCCGAAUAGGAUUAAGCGGCGCUCCCUUUGGGAAGAACUUCAGCACAUAUAUGCUACUGGUGUUGGAAAAUGGUGUGUGGCUGGAGAUUUCAAUGCCACGUUGCGGGGCAAUGAACGAGUACCUAUGAACAAAGGCCUGAAUGGUGCUGACAAAUCCUUUGUUGAUUGGGUUCGAGGUUGUUAUUUGAAUGAAGUUGAUUUCCAAGGUCCACGUUUCACGUGGAGCAGGGGGAAUUCGUACAGCAGAAUAGAUCGCGUUCUUGCUAACUCUGAGUGGUUCGAGACCUUUACUGACGCCUCGAUCUUGCACCUGCCCAAAUUAAAAUCUGACCACUGCCCUCUACUGGUAAAAGUGAACAGACAACGCAGAAGUAGGAGCAAGACAAACCACUUUCGCUUCUUUGCCCCUUGGGUUACCCAUGAGGGCUUUAAUGAUGUUGUGAGAAAUGCCUGGAGAAGCUCCAAUAGCUGGGAAGCUAACAUGGGAAACUGCAAAGAAGACGUGCUGGAGUGGAAUCGCUCAGUGUUCGGAAAUAUUAAUAGAAGGAAGGCAAAGUUACUAGCGAAACUAGAUCGGCUAAAUAAGCAAGAUGCUAGAAGCACCCUUUUGGAGCGAAAACGGCAGGAAACUUGGGAGGAUUUGGAAAGAUGUCUAAUUCAGGAAGAGAUUAUGUGGCUUUAG